CGCCGACCGCCACCAGCUGCUAUUGACCUGUAUGGCAAGCAUAAUGGCUGGACGGCUUAUUUCCUUGUGAGUGAGGGUUUAGGAUGGCUGGGGUUAGUGUACCAGCUUACUAUGCUUUCCUUCCCUCGGUGCAGCUAUGACUGGAUCGAGGUUCCAAUGUAUCUGUUUGCAAUCAUCGCCCUGAUUUCAGAGUGUAUUGCAUUUGGGUAUUUGGGAAGCGUUGAACCCAACAGAAGCUAUCACCAGGCCUCGUUGGUGUCUAAAUGCAUCAGUGAAGGUGGCAUCCACAUUCACAAUCUGGGGCUACUUGUUCAGGGCAUGCUAAAGAUUCCUGAUAUUGCAGGUCCCUCUCCUUCCCUUUUUCUUUCUCUCCCUCAGCACAGUAUCACACUUCAAAAUAUACGAUACUCUCUUUCUAAACAAGGAACAGCCAUGAACCGAUCCGAAAAGAAGGGGCGGCGGCGGCGGCGGCAGCAGCAGCAGCUACAACAGAAAAGGAGAAAGCCGCCAGCAAGGGAGAAGGAGAAGGAGAAGGAGAAGGAGAAGGAGAAGGAGAAGAAGAAGGAGAAGGAGGAGGAGAAGGAGGAGGAGAAGGAGGAGGAGAAGGAGGAGGAGAAGGAGGAGGAGAAGGAGAAGGAGAAGGAGAAGGAGAAGGAGAGGCCAGAGGAGGAGGCCAUGGAAGAGGAGAAGAGGAAAGAGGGAAUGGAUAUCCCCAUCAGACAAAAAUAA